AUGCACGCUAUAGAGCUAAGGACGCUUUACAACUCGAGGAACUACGAGGAGAUCUACAAAAGAAUCCAGCAGGAGAUGGAGAAGCUAGUUCUUCGAGACAAGCUGUGCACAGACGACUUGGAGGGGCUCCAGUCCUCUGUAGAGGAGGAAGUAAGGAAGUGCAUCCAUGAGCAGAGGGGAAUCCCAAGGCCACUCGUAAACAUCAUUCUAUUGCAAGGCGAGGACUUCGAGAGAAAGAUGAGGUCUCUGGUGUGCUCGUAUCUGGGAUCGCUGUGCUCUGUAGGCUACCAGGAGUUUCUAAACUGCAACUUUCAGAAGCUGUCUUCACUGAAAGGCUGUUUGCCGUGGAUAGAGGAGAAUGUAGCCAGAAUAGACCUUAGGUAUUCCCACGUUCCUGACGACUGGAAUUUGCCACAGGAGGUGCUGGUCAAAUACUACUUUAUGACAAAGCAGAGGGUAUGCGAUUACUUUUUUCAUAACGAAGUUGACGAAGAGGACUUCAUAGAUGCUUUCAAUGCAACUGUCAGGUAUGAGAAGAGACUGGGGAGGCUGUUUGAGAAGUAUGGGUGCAGUGCAUGUACUUCCCGUGUGCCCCAUGCAGAUAGGGCACAGCCGGUGUCAGGCUUGCAAGAAAACAUGUGCCCGCAUAGAACAAUGAUAUCAUCACUAUUUAUUCCAAACAUAGAGAUAUAUUUGAGAAAGUCCCUCGGCCUUUUAGUGGAGCCUGAUCUCAAGCAGGAAGAUGUUAGAGUGUGCAUUGUCUCGAGGUUUUUGGACUUUUUCCGUGGAGUAGAAAAAGUGCUCAAGAAAAUUGAGUAUCUCGAUGACAAAUCUGUAUAUAGGCAGUUUGUAAAUCACUGCGAUGAGUAUUUGAGUCUUCUGAUGAGGAAGGUAAGCCUUUCGAGGGACCUCUAUGGGUCCAUCAUUGUACUAAACACACUUCUUUUCAUAAGAGAAACAGCCCUAGACCUUCUGGACCGAAUCAUGGAGAAGUCUGGAGUCGAGGAGGACAUCCCAAGAAUCCAUGCACAGAUCAGGAGAAUCGAAAGACUACAGAAUGCAUUUAUAGACGACUUUCUUUCAAGCUAUUUUUCAGGGCUGGACUUUGCAACGCCCGAGGGGCUUUCCAAAGAAAUCAUAGGAUUCCUGGACGAGAACAUAAUGAGCGAAAGAACAAAGGGAAUACAUGAGGAUGUUCAAAUCACACUGCUAGAAGGGGUGAUUUCCCAUGCAUUCUCAAGAAUAUACUCCACCAGAAUCUCUCCUCAAAUUUCGGAAGCUCUUUUGUUUGAAGUCUCAGAGGUAAAGAGGCACUUAAGAACAAAGGUAAGUGUCGUACCUCUCAUGGAUGUUGUCGAGAAGUAUCUCAAGAUCUUUCUGUGUCCUCCAGACAAUGAGAAGUGCUUUGUGGAGAACUUCAUGCUUAUGUCAGAAGGUAUUUUUUCGUUUGAACAAAUUGUAGACAACGUUGGAAACGAGCACGAGGUAGAUGCUCUAUACUCUGCAUAUGAGGCUGCAGUAGGCUCCACUGCCACCCUGACCUGA